CACCUGGGGUGGAUCGAUGGAAGAAAGACAGAUGUGCCAGUUUGCGAACAUUUUAACCCAGCAGUGGGAGUUGUUUGAGACGCACCCUGAAGUGCAGAACGUCUUUGUGCCCUUCCGAGGACAGACGAGGGAAGUGCUGCAGGACAGCGUCCAGCUAAAGUCUCACGCCGUCCGAGUGAUGGGCACAGUGGACAAGUGCCUGACUCGCUGCCAGGACCCCGAGAGGAUCAGACAGAUGCUGCACGAGCUGGGCGCCAGGCACGUCUUGUACAACGCUAGGGUGGAUUACAUGGAUCUGAUUGGUCCGCAGUUCAUCUUGGCCAUCGAACCGGUGAUUGGGGAAUUCUGGACACCGGAAGUGGAGCAGGCCUGGUCAGAUUUGUUCAAGUACAUCAGCUAUGUCAUGAAGGGAGCCAUGAGGUUUUGA